GCAAUUUAUUGCCGAUAUUAAUGGAGCAGCUGCGCUCGGUGCUCGAGCUCUCUUGUCCGUCUCAGCAGCAGCAGCAGCAGCAGCAGCAGCAGCAGCAGUCGCAACAGUCGCAACAGCCAAAUUAUCCGGAAGAUUCGGGAGUCGACUCGGAAGAGGAGCCUCGGCCCUUGGGCAACAACAGCCAUGACAGCAGCAGCGAUAUAAAACACGAGCAACAGCACAAUUGCCUCGAUCUCAAGUUUCUCGAGGACGUGAUGCUGGUCGACAUCGAGACCGCUCUGGGCCGGCUGCAGGACACGCUGCGCCGCGUCGACCCGGGCACCCUGGCGCGCUACAACGCCGAUCUCGACUCGAGCAACAAGCUCCACUUGCUGCGCCUCAUAUCCAGCCUGCUGGCCAAGCUCCGACUGCCGGAAAACGCGCAGCAAACGGCAGGAGGGCCAGCAGCCACUGGGACUACGAUUGGCGAGCAGCAGCCUCCGGUAGUAGCUGUACAGCAGCAAACUCCUAAUACUGCGAGUGCGUCGUCGGUGAACGUUCGACGUCGCCGGCUCGAGCACCGGCACACGAUCGGCGUGUCGGCCGACGACUUGGCACGCGCUCGUUUGUGCUUCGAGCGGCCAAAACAGCAGCAGCAGCAGCAGCAACAGGCUAACGUAGAGUCGGUGGUGACAGUUGCCGCCGAGCCAAUUGCAACAGCAGCAGCUACUGCAGCAGCCACAUCAGCGAAUCCGAAAGCGGCGGCGACGGCAGUGCCUUUGCCGGCGUUCACGAAAAAAUGCGUCAAGGACGCGAUCAACGAGAGCAAUCGAAAUCUCCUGCAGCGGCGCUCGUUCGACGCCACCGCCACCAGCGAGACCAGCAUCGUUGCUGCAAGCCGCGACGAUACGAACCAACAGCAGCAACAGCAGAAUCCAGCGCGACCGAAUAAAUUUUCCGCCCGCAAGAGCAAGAUCAAACGCGCCAAUACCAUUGACAUUCCGUCCUAUCUGAAGCUUCAUCAAUACUCGGCCGGUAGCGGUAAUUCUCAUUCCCAGAGGCCCACGACUCAUCAUCACAAGUGCUACGCCGUCAGCAGUCAACCGAUCAAAAUUUCCGGACACACCUUCAAAACGGCCAGCGAGCAGUUAUCGAGCAGUGGCGGCGGCGUGCCCAGCUUCGAGCUGAAAACCGACAACGAUCGCAAAUUCCUGGCGCUGAUCAGCAAGAACCACGACACGAGUGGCACUAGCGGCGCCGUCAUCGACACGACGAAUCCCUUCAGAAACUUCGGCUUCCAGAGGCAGGCGAGCGACAUGAGCUGCGACAAAAACUGGAGCAAUCGCUUCAGCAGCAUCAAGACCAACUUCGAUCGGCCGACGUCGAGCGGUGGUAACGAGAAGAACGAUCAGUCGUGCAUUCCAUUGUCGGCUAAUAAUUCGUCCAAGAACCACAACAAGUGCAAACACCAGAGCGGCAUAUCGUACAUCAGGCGGAAAUUCGAGGAGGACGUCAAUUGUCAGGGGGAGGUCGCCAGUAGAAAUUCCGCCGGAUCUCCUCAGUACUGCUAUCAAUUGUUCAAUAACAAAGCCGAGAAUCAUCAGGGAAACUUCAGUCACGCGCCCACCUCGCCUUUCCAGAGUAUCGGCAAAACUGCGGCGCAUCCGUCGUCGAAAAACAAGAGCAUGCUGCAGGCCAAGCUCAAGCUGUUCGACCAAGGCGGCCCGACGUCGGACAAACGAUCUUCAAUCGCUAUUCACGACAAUCGCGCGUACGAAAAAUCUCCGCGCAUUGGACACGGCAAACAGAUCGCCGUCGAGGUACCUUCGAAUCGACGAAUAGCCACGUACGACCCAAUUCAAGCUAAACCGGCCGAAAAUUUCACCUCGAUCGACAAUAAUUGUUACCCGUUCUGCAAACGACCUCAGCCAUUGGCCUAUCAUCCCGUCCCAUCGUCGAGCAUGACGCAGCUGCAGCCGUCACGAACUAGCUGUGUCGUGGUCGAUCCCGCGUCCAAACCCAAUAUGCAAUUGGUGAGCUUAUCCAGGCCAGAGCAAUUGGACGAAUCGAGCAAGUUGACUAUGAUUCAGCAGCAGCCGCAGCCACAGCAGCAAAGUCCCCCCAAGGAGAUCGCCGUACUCACGAUAAAUUCCAGCGACAAUUACGAUCUGCCGCGGCACAUCAUCUUCCAUCCGUGUCCGUAUCUGAACGACGGCAAAGUAGUGGACAAGAAGUGGACCAGCCAGCCGCAGUGCGGAUGCUUCUCUGCGGCGCCGACGACGACGACGACGAUGACGACCGAGGCCAAGCAGCAGCCAACGGCGACGACGUGCUGCUUUCAGCCGAUCAAGAGCUCGGCCCACGAGACUAGUCAAGCUCAAACCUACCCGAUGCCGAUAAACGAAGCCAAAGAUUCACCGAUAAUAGUCGACAGGAAUAAUUUAUCUUACGCUCGAGACGUAGGAGCUGUGCCUUACCAGAGCUCGCCGUAUCAGCAGACGCUGCAAUCGCCAAGCAGCAACUUUCAAAACUUGGACGGCAGUAGAAUCAGCGUCUUCGUGCCGGUCUCCAAAUCCUACUUCGACCAGCAAAAGCAAGCCCUUAAUCCGACUUACCGCAAUGCAAUGGUCGAUCAUCAACAGCUGCCUCCUCCCAGCUACAGCAACGUUUACGCGCCGAAUCAUCAUCAUCAUCAUCAGCAUCAUCAGAUGAUUAGCAGCCCUAAAAGUACCGCACCUCAAGUACCGCACGAUCAUCACCAUCAUCACCAUCAUCAUCAUUUGACGAGUUUACCCGUUGUACAACAGCAAGUCCGAAAUUAUCAUCCGCAAUUGCUUCACGAAAAGAGCCCGACGACGAGCGUGUCCAGCUCGGAGCGCGUCUUCAAUUCCGCGCCCAGCAUCUCCCAGAAGCUCUACAACGAGUUCAGCAAGUAUCCGGAGGAACGAGCGAAGCCGGUGGAUAUUUCUAGUUUCGCUGGGAGCCAGGUGUACCAAGACAUUCGAGCAGCUGACCACGCGACGACGACGUCUCCUGCAUCCUACAACGAAUCGGUCAUCGACAAGGAUAAUUCUUACGGGCCGGUAGCAGCGAGCGGUAGCAUUCCACCGAGCGCCAUAAUAGAUUUCGACGCGGCGCUCAUAGAGAACCAAGACAUCAGCAACGAGGGCAUAGUGACGCGGCACCCCUGCGCCACCGCGACCAUCCUAACGGAGGCGGAAAAGCUCCAGGACCAGGACGGCAUCGCCAAGAGCACGAUCAAGCAGGCGCCGCGGCCCAACUACGCCGAGAUGUCGAAUCCCCAGCGAGACUUCAGCGACGUUCAGCGUCACAAUUUGCUGCAGCAGAGCCUCAUUCAGCAGAUGCAGCAGCAGAAGAAGGCCUCGCCGGUGCAGCAGUUCUUGCAGCAGUUCGAGUCGCCUCGUCGGGACGCGACGGCGAGCCCGAAACGUCUCGUUCCAACGACGAGUCCGGUCGCGCCGCAGCCCGUCGCUCUCAAGGCGCUGACGAAGAAGCACAAAGCCCAGGAGUGCAUCAACUUCUUCGAGGAGCGCCAGGCGCAGAGCCGAAUCCAUUGCGCGGCGACGGCGGCAGCGGCGCGAAACAAUCAAACGUCGAGUCCCGUGGACACGAGCGACGAGUACCUCAUGUCGUGCGCCAGCCGGCCCAAUCGCAACCUGGUCCUGUCCAAGUCCGAGUCCUGGCAUCAGCUCGCCGUGGCCAAGGGCGCCAAGGGCCUGCAGCUGCCCAAGCUGACGACGAGCGCGAUAACGGCUCAGAUGAGGCCUCCCAAGCCCGAGCUGCGAGCGUCGUCGAGCAAGCGACUGUCGCACUUCGAUCCCCAGGCGACGGGCGUGAUGGAGGAAAAGAUACAGAGAUACUUCCAGCCCGCCAAUAAGUCCGCAGCUGGAUCUCCAACGACGACGACGCAGACGUCGAUCAAUAUGUCGAAAUCGAGCAAGCGCAAUUUUCACGCCAAGAAGUCGAUGAAUAGCUUGUCCAAGAGUCAUACGAUGCCGCAUCUGUAUGACGAAAGAAUUUUCGAUGAGGAUGUCGAUAUAGAACAGGCCUUUGAUAAUAUUUUCAUGGAAGCAACUCGAUCUGACAAGCAUCAUUAAUAGACGAGCAACAAUGUCAUCUCGGUGUCUGUCAACCUAUCUAUCUCUCUCUCCCUCUCUCUCUCUCUCUCUCUCUCUCUCUCUUUCUCUCUUUCCUCUACCUUUCUUCUAUUUUCUACUAUGCUUUUCUUUUUUUCUCUCUAUCUCUAUUUCUCUUUUCUUUCUCUUUCUCUUUCUAUCACGCAUGCACACUUUUUCACUCUGUCCAUUUCUCUCUUUCCUAUUCAGCAAUCUUAGAUGAUGUUAUAAGCUCGAUAAUAAUGAUCCAUCGACGAUUUAUGUGACGCACUGUCGCAAGGAGCCAACGAUUGAAUUUUUUUACGAUUAUUAAUUUUUCUUACCGAAGAUUGUGCUGUACUAGUAUGAUGAAAAAACAAAAACGAGUACAAUAGUUUAUUUAUUUUUAUAGAUAUUUUAAGUCUGACAAACAAAUUGAUUUACAAAGAAAAUGUAGACCAGAUUUUUUAAGUCUCGUAUCUGAUGUGUGUUUUCAAUGCCUUAAGAAAAUUUUGAAAGAGGCAAACUUUGCGUUCUUCUCGAAGGCAGCUCGAAUAUAUACGCACUCCAGUAAAAAAGCCCAUCUCGGCAUUUGCGAAAUUUCGACAAUUGGAGAAGCAAAAUAGCCCCGCGUCAACAGG